AUGUCUCAUCUAAACGAUUACGCCAACAACUACAUCCGCACUGGUGAGCCUCCAAUCUCUUAUAUCACCAAUUUGGAGAAGCCUGAGAAAUCCUAUCCUAAGCUUGAGCAACUCAAAAUCUUGAAACAAAAACAAGUUGACCAGUAUGCCACCAAAAGUUUCGGGGCUCGAGUACUGACAGAGGACAUCGUACCUACGCUCAAUCGUUGGGUUCUGGAAGAGGUCAAGUUUGAUGUGGUGAUGGUAGGGGCUCUUGUUGAAAACCACUUCAUUGAAACUUUACUACAAACCCUCCCCGUUGCCCGUCUUUUGGCUAGACCGGGCUAUUUCUUCGUUUGGGCUACAACGAAGCAAAUCGAGACUCUCACCAAAGUGUUACAACAACCAAACUUUGCCGGUAAGUUUCGACGGCUGGAGGAAUUAGCGUUUUUACCGUUGAAUCAACUGCUGCCUUAUUAUCCUCAUUUUGAGAACUUGUCAUCCGAUAACACUCUCCAACACACCCAUUGGCAUUGCUGGAUGUGUAUCACCGGUACAGUCAGGCGGAGGGAUCACCACCACUUGAUUCAUUGUAAUGUCGACACUGAUUUACAGAUUGAGCUGACCUUUGAAGGUGGUUGCGUACCUGAAGCCAUCUACAAACUCAUCGAAAACUUCAGCAACUCCACUCGCCGGCUUCACAUCAUACCCACGCCGGUGGGUAGCGACCGCCACGUGAAGAUGCGGCGAGGCUGGGUCAUGAUGGGCCCCGAUGUGAUGCUCGACAAUUUUACGUCUACGACAUAUUUAAAGGAGAUCAAGAAACAUUCUCAAGUCAAAGAGGCCGGAGCGACAACAGGUUCCGGCAAGCAGACGUAUUUCUUAGUCCCCAUGACGCCGGAAAUUGAAACCUUAAGGCCAAAGAGUCCUCUGUUAGAAAUCAGGCGCUAG